AUGGAAAAGCACGAGGAGACGCAAGGCGUUAAAGACAUGUUUGCGAAAGCUGUCGCUGGAUUUCCUACGAUUUUCAACUCAGCGACAGCGUCGGCCAACCUAGCCAAGGCGAUAGACUGGUGGGCGAAAAAGGACCUGAUUUUGGGGGCCGAACGAGGCGUGAUCAGUGGACGAGGCCGCCCUCGCAGCGCAUGGGUUACGUGGCUGUACUCGAAACUUCUUGACGAAUUCGAUCGUUUACACAAACUUGGCGUUAAGUUUGAGCCGCCACUACUGCUGCAGCUCGCGAAACAGAUUUUGCGAGACGGGGAGGGCGAGUAUACUCAUAUGAGCGUCGAUGCCAAACAGACUCUGAUCAUCGAGAAAAUCAAUUCGCGUUGGAUCCAGUGCUUCAUGGAGGCCCAUCAGAUUGUUCUGAGGACGCAGACCGGCAAACGACAGCUCAGCCAGCCCAAGAUCCUACAUAUCGAGAAAGAGGUUGCAUUUCACCUCGGGGAGUUGCAGCGUGGGUUUGCCGACGGGUCACUGGACGAAAAUGCAAUCGAAAAUAUUGAUGAGACGCAUUUUGUCAUUGAUUUCGACACUGGAAAAACUUUGGGCUUCUCAGGCGAACAACAGACUAAGUAUGCAGACGUUGUGUCGGGUGGCGAAGGAAUGACCAUGGUGGUGCGGCUCUUGGGAGGUGCAAGCGCAAGGCCCCCCCCCUCCCCAAUGAUGAUCUUUAUGAAUGCUGAGGGGAAACAUCCUAUCCGAGGCGUACCCGAUUACACUCCGGGCGUGUGUUAUCGAUCCAGUAAGAAAGGAUGGAUGACACAAAGACUUUUUCGAAAUUAUCUGAGUGAAAGGAAAGCAAUGCGAGCAGAUCCACAUGACCGCAACAAGACCAUCUACCUCGACAACUGCUCUAAGCCGACCAAUGUCAAGAUGAACUCAACUCAAUCAAUGCAGAUCUCCAGUUCUUCCCUCCAAAUGCCACCGACUUGUGCCAGCCAGCAGAUUCCUUCAUCAUUGCGAAGAUAA